AAUGGAAUUGUGCCAGAUCAGUAUUUAUUGCUGGAAUUCUUGCUAUGUAAUCAUGGCAUCACAAAGGCCAAGUAUUCCAAUAUUUUCAGAUCCUGUGGAAUAGUACAGAACUGAUUUGAUCAGUGGCCAAAAAUGUUCUGUCCAAUUGAAAUUCAACAGGCGUUUAUCCUCUCUUCCCUUGUGACCUUCAUAACUGGAUUACUCAUUUUUUCCCUUGGGAAGCUAGUGAGGAUUAUCUCAACAAAAUUCUGUUUUUUAAGGUGGCCCCCUCCGUCAGAUAUGUCACAAACGGGUCUAGUGAAGAUAAGCAAAUUUCGUGGAGCUUUUCGAAAGCAUAUACACAUGAUGCUCUCAGCACAGACCUCUGUGGGUCGUGUACUGAUGAUCCUUAUCUUUGCACUGAACAUUGGGUCUCUUGUAAUCUAUUUCAUCAACUCGGCAGAUCCUGUUGGAAGCUGCUCAGGAAAUGAAGACUUAACUCUCCCUGUUGAUUUGGCCUUCAAUACUUUCUUGGCCUUUUAUUUUGGAUUACGAUUUGUGGCUGCUGAAAACAAGAUCAAGUUUUGGUUGGAGGUGAACUCCUUGGUAGAUAUCUUUACCAUUCCACCAACUUUUGUUUCCUAUUAUCUGAACAUCAACUGGCUAGGUUUGAGGUUCCUGAGAGCAUUACGGCUACUAGAGCUCCCUCAAAUAUUACAAUAUCUACGAGCCAUCAGGUCUAGCAGGGUGAUGAAGCUUUCCCAACUUCUGUCCCUGGUUUUAAGCAUUUGGUUUACUGCCGCAGGAUUCCUUCACCUUGUGGAAAACUCAGGUGAUCCCUGGCUCAAAGGUAGAAAUUCCCAGAUAAUGUCUUAUUUUGAUGCCAUUUACCUUGUUACUGCAACAUCAUCAACUGUCGGAUUUGGAGACGUUGUAGCUAAGACAACCCUGGGACGGAUCUUCAUCAUAUUCUUCAUCCUUAUGAGUUUGAUGUUAUUUGCAAAUUAUGCUCCUGAAUUUUUGGCAGCUUUAGCAACAAACAAAAAAUACACUCAUUCCUAUGGAGUGGUCAGAGGGAGAAAAUUCAUUAUGGUCUGUGGAAACAUCACUACGGAUAGUGUAAAAGCUUUCCUGAAAAAUUUCCCCAACCACAAAGCAAGGGAUAUGAAUUUUGAGAUCAUUUUCCUGGGCGAAACCCUUCCUUCCUUGGAGCUAGAAACAAUUUUCAAGCUCAACUUGACUUAUAUAAGUUUCUUCCUUGGAUCUGCAUUGAAAAGGAAAGAUUUAACGAGAGUUGCGGUGGAAUCUGCAGAAGCCUGUGUGAUUUUAGCCAACCCUUUGUCUGCUGAUCCAUACACCGAAGACACUUCUAACAUCAUGAGGGUGCUCUCCAUCAAGAACUAUUGUCCUAAGAUCAGAGUCAUCAUAGAGAUACUUCAGUCUCAUAACAAGGACUACCUGCCAAAGAUUCCUGCCUGGGACUGGGCUUCUGGGGACAGCGUCAUCUGUUUUGCUGAACUGAAGCUAGGAUUCAUUGCUCAGGGCUGUUUGGUUCCAGGUUUAGCUACUUUUCUAACCUCCCUGUUUGUGAAACCAGUCAAAAAGGUUAUCCCCAAACAACCCUGGCAAAAGUAUUUCUCUGAUGGCCUGAACAAUCAAAUCUUCACUCACAUUCUCUCCAGUGACUUUGAAGGAAUGACUUUCCCAGAAGUUUCCCGACUCUGCUUUGUGAAGCUCCGCCUCCUGCUGAUAGCCAUUGAAUAUCAGGCAAAUGUGGAAGGAACAAGAAGCAUAAUGUUAAAUCCACCUGCACUGAUUAAGGUAAACAGGAAUACAACAGGAUUUUUUAUUGCUAAAUCUGUACAGGAAGUCAGAAGAGCCCAUUUUUACUGUUUUAACUGUCAUAGCGAUGUGGAAUCCCCAGAGCUCAUUGGAUGCUGUAGCUGCAGAACCAACAAAGGACAGCACAUGAAGCCAGUAAUUUUGAUAGCAACCUACCCCAUCAUGCCUGCCUACAUGAGAUUCCUGGUCAAGUCUUCCCAUAACUUCCUCAAAGAGCGUCCUUCCAACGUGUUGGAGGCCUUUCUUGAUUUCCUGGGACAUCAAGAAGGCAUGUCUGCCAGAAAUUUAGAAAAUUUCCCCAAGAAAAGGCCCAAAGAAAUGAGAAGAAUUUAUCCUACAAAAAAGCUGGCUAGAAAAUCUACUGGAACGUCAAACUACAUCAUCAGGGAUCUGACUACUUUGGAGAGUGAUAUGGAAAACGAUCUUUUUGAUUACAAUGGCACGUACCACUGGUGUAGAUCAGUCCCUCUGGAAAAUGCAAUUCUGAAACAUAUUGAGCAUGACAUGGUAAAAUUCCAGAACCAUAUUGUCGCCUGUGUCUUUGGAAAUUCUCAGUCUCCCCUGCUGGGGCUUCGGAACUUUGUGAUGCCCCUAAGAACCAGUAACUAUACCUUCAAAGAGCUGAAGGACAUUGUGUUCAUUGGGUCUUUGGAUUACCUGCAAAAAGAAUGGAGGUUCCUGAGAAAUUUUCCCAAGCUGUAUAUACUCCCAGGAUCUGCUCUCUUUCUUGGAGACCUAAUUGCAGCCAACAUUAGAGAAUGUUCAAUGUGUGCUGUCCUGGCCCAACCAUCUGAGUCAUCAAGCACCUGUGUUAUGGUCGAUGUUGAGUCUAUCUUGGCUACGCUCAACGUUCAAUCUAUUCGAGUCUCUAACAAUUUGUCAGAAGAAACAUUGUUGUUAGAAAGAUACAAAAGAAAUACCUCACAUCACAAAUCGUUUGAUGAAAAAUUUAGACGGGUUCCCAUCAUUACUGAACUGAAAUAUUCUUCCAACGUUCAUUUUAUUGAGCAACUUGGUGGAAUACAUACUGGUCUCUCAGAAAACAGCCUGCUCCUCAGUACCUCCUUCUCUACAGGUGCUGUCUUUUCAGAUAAAUGUUUGGAUUCCCUUUUGGCCACGGCUUUCUAUAACUACCAUGUCCUCGAAUUUCUACAAAUGCUAGUGACAGGUGGGGUGAGUUAUGAAAUGGAGCCACAUGUGGAAAAGGAAAACAUUGCCUCUCAUGAUAGCAGCUUUUCACUCUUGAUUGGAAGAGGCCGGUGUAAACUGGCUCUUCUCUCCUUGAAUACAACAAUGUUAAGGGACCUUCCUGCUAGGGAUACUUUUGGAGAGAUAUUCUGUGGGUCAUUGGACAAUUUUGGAAUCCUGUGCCUUGGCCUAUAUCGCCUGAUAGAUGAUGAAUGCCAAAAUCCACUACAUUACAGGUUUGUGAUUACUCGGCCAGACAAUGAUUUUGAAAUAUACCCUACAGACCUAUUGUAUUGUGCCAUCCCAUUCAACAUUGCUCAUUAUAAUGUGGGACGGAUGUUAGCCAAAAUUUUAUCUCUGGGAGAGCAAAUAGUUAAAUUUUAUGAAGAACGGAAUCAGCAAUAUGAAUUAUUGAAAGAAGAUUUCCGUAGAAAUGUUGUAUUUCUGUGUGAUAUGUCAAAUCAAAAUGACUUGAAUAUUUCUUGGGAAGAGUUCCAUAGCCAACAAAAGGUUGGUGUGAGGUAUUUUUCCAGCCCAAGAAAACUUAAGAGGUUGGAAGAAGAUGUCUGUGACACUGAGGUGGGGGCUGGCCAAGAGCACAGUGUGGCAGCAACUCAAGCUGUGGACCUUGGAAGCUGUAUAAUGGAGGCACUGAGAGCAGCAGCAGCAGCAGUAGCAGCAACAUUUUCAUUAUCUCUUACCACUUCAAAAUAUUACUCUGAGCCUGAAACCCUUUUUGACACAGACAGUACGGAUGACAGAUCCUCCCUGAAGACUCUACAGGUGGCAAACAAACUCAUUGUUCUCACUGUCAGGCCCCUAUUCACGAGAAAGGUGAUCCCUGGGAGCAACAAUCGGCCUCAUUUGUUAACGUUAGUCAGCAAGUGUGAGACUGAAAUAUACUGUCAAGCAGAAGAAGGAAAGUAG